AUGCAAGUGGUCAGGAAGUCAAAACGCCAAACCAGGAAACCAACGCCAAAUCAGGCACAAUAUCAGGGAAAUAAUUCGAGAAAGGUGCAAGGAGAGGUUGCUGUGUCGGGGGCCACUAAAGGAAAGGGAAAGAUUGAUCUAGGGAAGGCAAAUCCGGAUUCAAAAGGAAAACAGGAGCAAAAGAAGGGGUCGGGUCUGAGUAAACUGGCAAAUAUCAAAGGAAAAGGGGAAGAGGAGUCAAAAUCCUCCAACGGUAACAACACAGCUGGACAGGCACAAGAAUGGCGCAAAGUUGGGCCUAAAAGCAGUUCACUAGCGUCAACCAGUGGGAAUAAUGAGCCCAAAGUUUCAAACAUAAAGCCCACAGCGCUGGUUUCUCCACAACUUGUAGCCCAAUCCUUACCGGUGGUUGUCGAUCUGAACAAUACUAAAAUCCAGAUCCUUCCCGUCCCUGACCUAAUACUACAACAGAAGGAGAACCAGAAUCCCAACUUGGAUGGUUCAACAUCUAGGAAGCAUGGUCACAAACAGGCGUGCAGCCUAAAGGAGUUAAUCUCAAAGCCACAAAAAGGCCUCUCCGAAUUCACAGCCCUGGAAAGAAAGAUAAGCAUUUGA